AUGUUUGCAUUAAUAAGAUAUGUUAUAAUAGUUGAAGAAAGAAAAAUUAAUAUAUUUAGAGCAUAUACAAUUGGUGGAAUAUUACUUUUUCCUGUUUUUUAUUAUGCUUUUGUAACAAUAAUGGCUGAUAAGGUAACAUAUAUAAAUGAUGAAAUAUGUGUUUAUAAAAUUCGGGGAACAUCUAAUCAUAUUCAACAUGUUAAAAUUCUUUUAUAUACUAUUUCUUUUACUUUACCAUUAUUGGCAUUUUCAUGUAGUCUUCUAAUAAUAGUAAAAUUAAAAAGAAAAUCAAAAGAAUGUACAUUUAAACAUGAAAUAAAAAAACAAAAACAAGUAUGUGUAACUAUAGCUAUUUCAAGUAUAUGUCCACUUAUUUUUGAAUUACCAUUUUUGUAUUUUUUUGUUUUAUCACAUUCAGCUAAACAAUUUUCAUUUAUUGGUUAUAGAAUAACUUUUUUACUUAAUUUUUUAAGUUACAGUUUAAGUUUAAUGAUAUCACUUCUUUUUUUAAAAGAUAUGAGGCAAAUGUUUUUUAAUGAUUUUGGAUGGAAAGAAUAUACACCAAUUAAUAGCAUUUAA